AUGCCCAAAUCGUGGAUCGCACUAGUAGGUUUCUGCGAUCGAAAAGCCUGGGAUCCUCUAACCCGUCAAGUUCUGGACUCCACCCCGGUCAUUCCAUAUCUAUCAUAUAGUGACCGCAUAUCGAAGAUUGGUCUGGGGAACGGAACGUUUGCAUUAACCUUCAAUGUCACUUGCGGCUAUGUCGAUGGUGCAUCGGUAACGCCAAUCAACAAUACCGGGAAUUGGACACGAGACACGACUUACGAUGAACAUGUCCAACCCAUCCCUGUUCUUGCGCCCAAUACAUUCAAGUGGCUAAAUUUCUAUAGUUACAACUUUCAGGACCCUUUUCUGUCGUCCUUCGAACAUCACGGAUUCCAAUGGCUCCACUGCCGUCUUCGCCCAUUAAUCUUUGCUCAGAAAAUGUUAGCUAUUUUGAUGAGACCACCGUCGACACGAUACAAAUUAUCGGCUGCACUAUCACCCAACUCAACCAGAGCGCCGUGGCAGACGCACAGUCGCACCUCCUCAAACGCAUAUACCCAUCUAGCCAAAAAAAUGACAUUAACUUGGGCGAAAUGGGACUCUGAGACGGUCCCCGUCAAUGCUACCGUUUCCUCCUCGCCGGAGGGCACCACGAUAAUAUAUGGUCGAGGUGAAAAAACCGUCAUACCCGACGCAGCAAUUCUCAAACGGCAGACUAGGGAUACUCCGGCUGCCAAUCCCACGUCCGCCCCGGCCCCUCAGGACCCUAAUCCGACACCUGCACCAGAGCCGCAGGGACCAUCUACACAACCCAUUGUCACUCCAACGGAGUCCCAAAGUCCUACUCCCGUUCCAGCACCGCCGACCACAGGCCCCGCCCCCCAGAACCCAGAACCUUCCCCGGUGAUUCCAACGGAGCCACAGCCCCACUCCUUUGCCGGCACCGCCGACCGGUACACCCUCAGGUCCCGCCCCCCAGAACCAGAAUACUUCACCACCGGUCGUUUCAGGUUCAACACCCCAAAACCCAAAACCUUCCCCAGUGCAGGUGUCUUCAGCACCCCAGAAUCCCAAUCCCUCCCCAGCUCUACCGCAGUCAAUUACACCACUGCCUGUCCCUCUGGGACAGUCCGCGCAUGGAAACAACGGUGCAGUCACUGUCUCUGGUCGACUUCAAACUGCUACACCGGCGUCAACCAAUGGAAAAACACUCAAUCGGCGCAGUCCAGUCUCCGUCCUGGCAAUACUUGGCAGUCACUAACAACCACGAACACAUUUUUUGCAAUUCCACCAUCGUCGCAAGGCAUUGAUUCGUCCAGCGGUACACCUACCACGACUGCGUCAAGCGCCAACAGUAGCAGCCAAGGAUUUGGGUCACUUUCCUAUUAUGAGAUGUCUAAUGUUUUCCUUGACGUGAUAGGUGCCGGCAUCCUGGUUUGCAUAUUACGCCUACUCAAAUCUCCUCAUGUAGUGGUGGAAUCUCUUCUAUCAAGCAGCGAUCAGUCGGUUCCCUUCUACGGACGACUGUCCAGGGUUCCUUGGACCAACCCUGAGUCGUGUAAUCCUUUGACAGUUGUUGAACAAUUUGUCAUGGAAGAUCUGGGGCUUCAUUCUAUUCUGCUGAACAGCCCCGUUAAACCGGCAUCCCAAAUUGCGUUGCACGAUUUGGAGAAUUCCCUUUCAAGUGCGACGGCAGCGUCCCAUUAG